AUGGGUGUUGCAUUUGUCUUCCUAGCUUUCGUUGCAAUUUUUGCCGGAAUUAUGUGCUUUAUGAAAAACUAUCGAAAGAUUCAACUCGACAUUCCAGCACCAAAUGCACUUCCGAUCAUAGGUCAUGCACAUUUAAUGAUUGGAUUGAAUAACGAAGAACAACUAAAGCUGAUCACAGAAUUAUGCUUCCUGUACCCAAAUCUUGUUAAGGUUUGGUUCCUGCAUAUCAUGGGUAUUAUCGUGAACAGUCCCGAAUUAAUUCAAAAGGUUUUCAAUUCUGAUGUUUGUAUGGAGAAGCCUUACAUCGCAUACAAAUUAUUCAAUCUGGACAACGGUCUCCUGUCAUCACGUUAUCCAAAGUGGAAACAUGAUCGUCGUUUCUUUAACAACUCAUUUAAAAUUUCCACGUUGCAAUCAUUCAUUCCGAUUUUUAUUCAAACUGCUGAUAAACUUACAAAUGAAAUUGCGAGUUUUGUCGAUGGGAAUUCAUUCAAUAUACUCGAUUAUACAAUUCGAUGCACUUUGAAGAUGAUUUGUUCAACAUCUCUAGGCAUGAACAUCUCAGAUGCGGAAAACGAUGAAACUUUCAACAAAGUUUUUCACGCUGUGGAUACAUCGGAGACUGUAGCCAUGCUCCAAAAUAAACCGUUGGUUUACCCUGACACGAUAUUUAAACUCACUCCGAGAUAUUACGAGAACAAAAGACAAGGCCAGUAUUUGAAAGACUUUCACCAGAGAAUCAUUGAUGAACGACGUGAGAUUUUGAAGAAUAAUAACAACUGUGACGAGAAGGACCUCGGUUACAACAUUUUUAUCGACCACAUUCUUAAUAAUGAGGGAAUGUUCUCGGAUGAAGACAUUCAACAUCAUGUCAUAACCGUUUUAUCAGCAGGUUACGAAACUUCAGCCACAGCAACCGCUCACUGUAUUCUGUUUUUGGCACAACAUCAAAAUGUGCAAAACCGAAUGGUUGAAGAAAUAAACGAAGUUUAUGCAACUGACGAUGAAAUAACUUUUGAAUCACUUGGGAAGCUUCAGUACAUGGAUCGAGUGAUUAAGGAAACACUACGGGUGGCACCUGUUGGACCUGUUAUCUUUAGAGAAGCCAUGGAUGAUUUCGAAAUUGAACAAGGGUUGGUGAUUCCCAAAGGAACAACUUUCGUGCUGAAUAUUUUCGCUCUUCAUCGAAGACGAGAUAUUUGGGGCGAAAAAGCUGACCUAUUUAACCCCGACCACUUUCUUCCGGAAAACGUCGCCAAACGCCACCCGUGUAGUUACAUUCCGUUCUCUACGGGAAGACGAAACUGUAUUGGACAUCGAUAUGCGAUGAUAUCGAUGAAGAUUAUUUUAUUAAAACUCUUAAAGACCUACAAAUUCUCAACUGAACUAAAUUUCGACGAUCUUCGAUUUAAAGCAGUUCUCACACUCAAAUUAAUCGGUGAACAUGCCGUUUCGAUUGUUAAUAGAUAUUAAGACACUUGAAAAAGAUUUCUAUCGAACACUUUUAAUUAUUUAAGAAAAGUAGUAAAGAAGAAACGAAGAAAUGAAACUAAAUGCUUGAUAGGUAUGAAGGAAAAGUGAUGCAAAAUGAAAUAAAAUUUCUUUCUUUCCAAUCUUUCUUCACAACGAGUGCUACUCACGA